GCGAGGUGAAACGCACAGCGGUAGCAGUUGUAUGAAUUCUGUCGGAACAUAUCAGCUGAUCUUUAGGUCGUUUUUUCCCGUUGACUUUUAGACUAGAUUCAUUCAACUGAACACAACUAGUUUAUUACCAACAUAAGAAAAAGAUAACCUGUAAAAUGGAUUGUUCUUCUGAGGCGGUGCAGUUGCUUUCGGAUGAAGCCACCGCUCCAAUGGAAUUGAAAAAAGGAAUGUCCAUAUUCCUGGAUAUCUUAAGAAGAGCAGAUAAAAACGAUGAUGGGAAGUUGUCGUUUGAUGAGUUCAGAGCCUACUUCCAUGAUGGAGUUUUGACAUCCGAUCAACUGAAGGAGCUCUUUAACACCAUAGACACUCACAACACAGACAAUGUGGACACCGACGAGCUGUGUGAGUACUUCUCCCAGCACCUUGGUGAAUACGAGAAGGUCCUGGCAGCUCUGGAGGACCUCAACAUGACAAUACUGAAGGCUAUGGGCAAGACCAAGAAGGACUAUCAGGAAGCCACACACCUGGAGCAGUUCGUGACACGCUUCCUGUUAAAAGAGACAACCAAUCAGCUCCACUCGCUGCAGAGCUCCCUGGAAUGUGCCAUGGAGACCACGGCUGAGCAAACCCGUCAGGAGAGACGAGGUCCAGUAAAGCCUGAUGUGCUGUCAAUCCAGUGGUCAGGGAGAAGAUCCAACCGAAGGCUUCAAAGAAAUAACAGUCUGUCUCCUAACAACCCACUACUCAGCCUGGUCAAUUCAGGUCUGUAUGACGAGGACAACCAAUGGAUGACUCAGGUCAACAGACUCCAGAAGCUUAUUGACCGGCUAGAGAAAAAGGAAGUUCGUAUGGAGCCAGUUGAAGAGGAGGUGUUGGAAGGAAUCACCAAAUCACACAUCCUGAUAGUCCAGAGACAGCUGAAUGUGUUGGUGGAGGAGCUGGAGGAGUUCCGCCUGGCUCUCAGGCAGUACAUGGAGUGUGCCUGCGCCCAGACGGGCUGCCUGCAUGUGGCAGUUCAGCGACUGGCUAAUGAGUCCCGCUUCAUCCUGUACGAGUUCUGGGAACACAACCACUUGUGGAAGAACCAUCUCCAGACAAACUACAGUAAGACCUUCCAGAGAGGUAACGUGGACUUCCUGGAGACACCAGAGCUCAUGACCACCAUGCUGGUGCCUGCCUCCUGGUGGGUCCUAAACAACAACUAAAUGACAUCACGCCAGGCCGACUGAGGACCGCUAUCGAUCAGAAACGUAGUUUGUAGUCUAUCGUCUAUCAUUAGCAUUGGGAGGAAGUGCACACACACACACACUCACGCACGCACACACACACAAUACUGUCAACUUGUACUGUGAAGUCAUUCUGAAUUAUUAUGUAUCAGACCUUUGUGUCCCUUCCUCAUUAGCUGUGUAUUGAUGAUACUGUGUCAUGCUCCUAGAUGUUUACCCUGUUAGGAUGAUGCUGUUUCAUGCUCCUAGAUGUUUACCCUGUUAGGAUGAUGCUGUUUCAUGCUCCUAGAUGUUUACCCUGUUAGGAUGAUGCUGUGUCAUGCUCCUAGAUGUUUACCCUGUUAGGAUGAUGCUGUGUCAUGCUCCUAGAUGUUUACCCUGUUAGGAUGAUGCUGUUUCAUGCUCCUAGAUGUUUACCCUGUUAGGAUGAUACUGUGUCAUGCUCCUAGAUGUUUACCCUGUUAGGAUGAUGCUGUUUCAUGCUCCUAGAUGUUUACCCUGUUAGGAUGAUGCUGUUUCAUGCUCCUAGAUGUUUACCCUGUUAGGAUGAUGCUGUUUCAUGCUCCUAGAUGUUUACCCUGUUAGGAUGAUGCUGUUUCAUGCUCCUAGAUGUUUACCCUGUUAGGAUGAUGCUGUGUCAUGCUCCUAGAUGUUUACCCUGUUAGGAUGAUGCUGUUUCAUGCUCCUAGAUUUUUACCCUGUUAGGAUGAUGCUGUUUCAUGCUCCUAGAUGUUUACCCUGUUAGGAUGAUGCUGUGUCAUGCUCCUAGGUGUUUACCCUGUUAGGAUGAUGCUGUGUCAUGCUCCUAGAUGUUUACCCUGUUAGGAUGAUGCUGUUUCAUGCUCCUAGAUGUUUACCCUGUUAGGAUGAUGCUGUUUCAUGCUCCUAGGUGUUUACUCUGUUAGGAUGAUGCUGUGUCAUUCUCCUAGGUGUUUACAUCAGCAGAGAUUCCAGGCAUGUGUCUCAAAUGGCACCCUAUUCCCUAUAUAGUGCACUACUUUAGACCAGAGCCGUAUGGCACCCUAUUCCCUAUAUAGUGCACUACUUUAGACCAGAGCCCUAUGGAACCCUAUUCACUAUAUAGUGCACUACUUUAGACCAGAGCCCUAUGGAACCCUAUUCCCUAUAUAGUGCACUACUUUAGACCAGAGCCCUAUGGAACCCUAUUCCCUAUAUAGUGCACUACUUUAGACCAGAGCCCUAUGGAACCCUAUUCCCUAUAUAGUGCACUACUUUAGACCAGAGCCCUAUGGAACCCUAUUCCCUAUAUAGUGCACUACUUUAGGCCAGAGCCCUAUGGAACCCUAUUCCCUAUAUAGUGCACUACUUUAGACCAGAGCCCUAUGGAACCCUAUUCCCUAUAUAGUGCACUACUUUAGACCAGAGCCCUAUGGAACCCUAUUCCCUACAUAGUGCACUACUUUAGACCAGAGCCCUGCACUCUACAGGGAAUAUUGUGUAAUUUGGAAUGCAUGCCACCUGUCAGUAUUAGUAUGUCCUCCACACUACCGGUCACAAGUUUUAGAAAACAAGGGGGUUUUCUUUAUUUUUACUAUUUUCUACAUUGUAGAAUAA